AGUAGGGUCUGGGGAGGGUGUGUGUACGCAGACCUUGCCCCUACUCGAAAGUAGAGAGGCUGUUUCCAAAGAGACCCCCGGCUCAACGUCGAAAGUUGCAUUGCUUGACUAACUGCCACUUCAUUAAUUAAAGAAGCGCAAAUAGUUUAGAUAUCCAUUUUGAUUUAUUCCAUCACACCCCAAAGCCAAAAACAGGUGAAAUUUUGGCUCUAUCGGAGAUGAUGGAAAUGAUCGAACAACUGUCAAAACUGGGCAAAAAUCUACCGACGGGUCAUCUGUGGGAAAAAGAGGCAAUGAGGCUAGCAUGGCUGCUGCAAGGGCUAUGGAAAGAAUGAACUCACUCAUUCCAUGCAAAAGGACCCUAUAAGACCGUUAAAGCUUAAAUUCAAGAAUCCGUACCCGGAUGUGAAGAAUUAAUGGGCAUCUACCAAGGAAGAGAAAGGUGUGAUCAAGGGCCAAAGAUCAAAACGAAAAAGACGAUCACUUUUUGGAGAGAAUUCAUCAGCCACUGCUGAUUCACGGCGGUAUGCAAAUAAUUCAUUGGAUGAGAUGGUGGAUGCUAAUUGGAUCCUCCAGAAGUUGGGAAAAGAUGCUGCGAGGAAGAGAAUAGAAGUUCAUCACCAAUCUGAUAAUACCUGGCAUAGAGGAAAAGCAACAGAAUUCUUCUAAGGGACAUCAAUUGUGGCUCUCACUCUGGACAACGGAGAUACCCAGAAUGUAGAGCUAGGAAAACAAGGAAUUCGGUUCGUCGCAGAAAAGCAAAAGCGGCAAUUGAUCAUUGGAUGUUACUUUGUACAUUAGCCGGAUUUGAGGAUGUUAGGGGUGGUUCAAAGAAAAACAAUGCCGCGACCGAAGAAGACAGCCGCUUUCAGGUUGGUGUGUUUAUUUCUUCCUCUUGGUGCCCUUUUUUGCAGCCAUUUGAACCCCCCUCAUUGCCUAACCAAGAAUAAUCACAGCAAAACCAGACACUGUCUUCAUAGAUAUAUAAAGAGCCAAGUGCGCGUCCAACCCAAUCUUUUGGAAUUUUAUUGACGUUUCUCAACGUUUCUUUCUGGUUUCUUGUCUUUCAAUGACCUCCAUACUAUAGAUCGGAUUGCAAGUUUUGGCCACUCCUUUUAGGGUGUGUUCAAGACAAACAAACUCAAGACUGUAAAUUUGUGUAUCAAUGAAAACCGCCGCCGGGGCUAUCCUUUUGAACACCCACAUACAAUGUGCUUUCCUGGUAUGUUUAUGCAGUUUCAUAAGCCUUGUUGAUCAUUGAUGGACAUUUAUAUUCCAAUUCUGGUGGAGAGUAUCAAAACGGGCCACGAGGCAAUUGAAUUUCACAACACCUAUGUGGUUGCAAAGUCAUCAUAUUAUCCUCCCCUAGCUAACUCCUGUCCCCGUCCAACUAACUAUAUUCAUCAUCACCCAAAUAACAUCCUCGUCAAGUUCAACCUUCACAAAAUCAAGCCACCCAAGACUAGCUAGCUGGGCUAGGACGACAGGGGGCCGGGGAUCACCGGAGGGCGGUAUGGGAAUAGUGGAGGAAGCCCACAACGUGAGGGUUCUGGGCUCGGGGGAGCGGGCCGUGGUCCUGGCCCACGGGUUCGGGACGGACCAGUCCGUUUGGAAGCACCUGAUACCGCACCUGGUGGAGGAGUAUAAGGUGGUGGUGUUCGACAACAUGGGCGCCGGGACCACCAACCCGGAUUACUUUGACUUUGACCGCUACGCGUCCCUAGAGGGCUACGCCUACGACGUGAUCGCGAUACUGGAGGAGCUCCGGCUGCCGUCGUGCGUCUACGUCGGCCACUCUGUCUCCGCCAUGAUCGGCGCCAUCGCCUCCGUCGCCCGCCCCGACCUUUUUACCAAAAUCGUAGCCGUUUCUGCCUCCCCCAGGUAUCUAAACGACGUAGACUACUACGGGGGGUUUGAGGUGGAAGACUUGGAGCAGUUAUUCGAAGCGAUGCGGUCAAACUACAAGUCAUGGUGCUCCGGGUUCGCGCCCCUAGCGGUGGGCGGCGACAUGGACUCGGUGGCGGUGCAGGAGUUCAGCCGGACGCUGUUCAACAUGCGCCCCGACAUCGCCCUCUCCGUCCUCCAGACCAUCUUCCGCAGCGACCUCCGCCACAUCCUCCCCCGCGUCACCGUCCCCUGCCACAUCGUCCAGAGCAUGAAGGACUCCGCCGUGCCCGUCGUCGUCUCCGAGUACCUCCACCGCAAUCUCGGCGGCCACUCCAUUGUCGAGGUCAUGUCCACCGACGGCCACCUGCCGCAACUCAGCUCCCCGGACAUCGUGGUCCCCGUCGUUCUCCGGCACAUUCAUUACGAUAUCGCGGUUUGAUGUAAAAAAAAAAAGAAGAAGAAAUGUGUUUUCAUGUAAUUUGUGGCCUUGUUUCAUGUUUUAAAAGAAAAAGAAAAGAAAGAUGUUUUCUCUGUUUUUGCUUCAAGAUAUUUUCUCUUUUACUCACCAAAAUUGAAGGAAUUUUGUUUUUUUCUAUAUGAAUACGACAUUUCUAAGUUCAAGCCCAUAAGAGAGCGCCAGAGCAAAGGGAAGGGCUAAAAGAUUGACAGGCCAAAGAAGUAUACCCCAAGAAAAAGUCUAACAUUGGUAAAAUUCUACAUUGACAUGUCGGAGAAUGCCAUUAUCAUCGGGAACUUUUAGAAGAUCAAAUUGAUAUGUUCUAGGAGCGUGUUUGGGCAAAGUACAACACCAUGAUGCCCGUUGGUACGCCCAAAUGUGACAGUGAGAUGCUUUGGGAACAGGGGGGGUACACCUAGAAGUCUAAAAGUUCAGUGGUCUGUAUGGCAACGUCUAGAACACGUGACCAGUGGGUCUAACUCCGAUGACAUUUUCUCAAAGGUGCUUGAACUUUACUUUCAAGCAGAAAUAAAACUUUUCAAGUUCU